GGGCCUCAGGAGAGAAGCAGGUGCGCCGGGCGGGCUCUCCGCUGAAGAGGCAGGAAGACCACCAAGCAGGCAGCCCGCCCUGCGGGAGAGCGGGUGGGCGGAGUGCCGGCAUUCGGGACCUUUUGGAGCUCUGGGUCCUCCCAGCAAAGUGGGAAGGUUCCCCCACUGUAGGUUUCGAUUAGCAGACAGCUCUUCCCACUGUGAGUCUUCUGUUUGGAGCAGUGAACCUCCCUGUCCACGUUUCCCUGCCCGGUGGGCCUGAAAGCCAUGGCAACAGAGGAGAAGAAGCUGGAGACGGAGGCUGCCAGAGCACAGCCCACCCCUUCCUCGUCGGCCACGCAGAGCAAGCCUACACCUGUCAAGCCGAACUAUGCUCUGAAAUUUACCCUGGCCGGCCACACGAAAGCUGUGUCCUCUGUGAAAUUCAGCCCGAACGGGGAGUGGCUGGCAAGUUCGUCUGCAGAUAAACUCAUUAAAAUUUGGGGUGCCUAUGAUGGAAAAUUUGAGAAAACUAUAUCGGGUCACAAGCUGGGAAUAUCAGAUGUGGCCUGGUCAUCGGAUUCCAACCUCCUGGUUUCUGCUUCAGAUGAUAAAACCCUAAAGAUAUGGGACGUGAGCUCGGGCAAGUGUCUGAAAACCCUGAAGGGACAUAGUAAUUACGUCUUCUGCUGUAACUUCAACCCCCAGUCCAACCUCAUCGUCUCAGGCUCCUUUGAUGAGAGCGUGAGGAUAUGGGAUGUGAAGACGGGGAAGUGCCUCAAGACGUUGCCCGCACACUCGGAUCCGGUCUCAGCCGUGCAUUUUAACCGGGAUGGAUCCCUGAUAGUCUCGAGUAGCUACGAUGGGCUCUGUCGGAUCUGGGACACCGCGUCGGGCCAGUGCUUGAAGACGCUGAUCGAUGAUGACAACCCUCCCGUGUCCUUUGUGAAGUUCUCUCCGAAUGGCAAGUACAUCCUGGCUGCGACCUUGGACAACACGCUGAAACUCUGGGACUACAGCAAGGGGAAGUGCCUGAAGACAUAUACCGGUCACAAGAACGAGAAAUACUGCAUAUUUGCGAAUUUCUCCGUUACUGGUGGGAAGUGGAUCGUGUCUGGUUCAGAAGAUAACCUGGUGUACAUCUGGAACCUUCAGACAAAGGAGAUUGUACAGAAAUUACAGGGUCACACAGAUGUUGUGAUCUCGACGGCAUGCCACCCAACAGAGAACAUCAUCGCCUCGGCCGCGCUGGAAAAUGACAAAACGAUUAAGCUCUGGAAGAGUGACUGCUAGGCCCUCGGGUGCCACGGGAGGGGCUGGCGGGAAGCGGGCCCGUUUGGCAAGGAGCGAGGUGUCUCAGAGGGGUUGCCCGGGCCCGGGGACCGGGGAGCCGCCUCUGAAGGGGAAGUGUUACCACCAGAAAGUUCUAGAAGGUGACAUUUCUUGCCAAUUCCUCUCACACUGUCUGGGGAAGAGUUCUUAGUCUGUAUUAUGUUCAAACAGUCAACAAAAGUUUAAUUUUUUAUUACAAAAGGGUGAAGUUCAAAUUACAUGAGUUGUGUUUUUUUCCAGUAAGUGUUCUGUACUGUUCUUGAUGUUUUCUUACCCAGUGCAAGCGCUGUGACCAGUCGCCACCACGGCCUCUCCCAGCCCGGCCUCCGCAGGGUGGUCCCCUCUUGUGUGUCCAGUAGAUGCUCUAGCGACAUGGUUGUCACUGUCACCGGUUCCUGCCUGUAGUAGUUCCCAGUGUAUUUUAACGUCUUUCUGGAAAACAGACCACUGUGAGGUUAUUUCCGUGUACAAAACCUUUUGUAUGUUGGGAACUCGUAGCCCCUGUGCUGACGGCACGGUGGUGGCACUCACUAGUCUCCUGUUUGUGUCCCUGGUGUUCACGCCACAAGCAGCCACAGGCUGUAAGAAACGGUAGGAUUUUGUGCACGGUUGCAGCAGCCGCAAUCAUGCGAAGCUUGUCUCCACUGGCUUCUGUGUGAAAAGCCUCCGAGUUGGCAGGAGGUUGAAAGGACUUUUUUUGAGGCCUGGUGCCCCCCACGAUGCAUGCGGUCUUACCUUGUCCUCUGGAAGCCAGGGACUGCAGAGGCCUAGACUUCCCGCGGCUUAACCGGGUAAACGUGGGGCUGGGGGACAUGCUUAGUUGCCGACCAGCCAGCGGCCCUGAGACGCCCUGUUGACGGUUGCAUAUGGCUGUCUCGGGAGACGGGGGCAUAGGAGGUGCCUCAGUCCUAGGAUGAGACUCGGGUCCGACGGGCUCAGGCUGGUGCCCACCCCUGUUGGCAGCCUGAGGCCCACAGGCUUCGUGGUGUCCUUGGCGGGCCUGGUAGCUGGCUCUUCAAAGGGCAGUGGGUGUCAUCCAGCCGCCUGGCCCUCCCCAGCAGGCGGGCCUCGGUGGGGGUGGUAGGACUGCAGAGCGGUUUGCAGCUGCUGCCAGUCCACGGGGACCCUUGGGGACCCCUGUGUGCAGUGCAGCAAGGCCCACCCAGGGCUUUGAGCCCCUUUCGCCGGUGCCGGGACCUUUGCGGUGGAGGCUGCCUGCCACACCUAGGGGAGGCCCGGGAGGUGUGUUCCCGCUUGGGGCGGGGGUACAGAUGGCCGACGUCAGCAGUCUGCCUUGCAGCCCGCUCUGCUGUCCUAAGGUCUCGAGUCCCCGGGUCCGGGGUUCUGGGUGGAAGUAAUGGAGGAAGCCCGCAGGACCUUCAGUGGGACGGGCAGUGGAGGAAGUUGGGGCUGUCCCUAGUUUUCCUGGGAGCCCUCUGGUGGCUGCUGUCACAUGGGGUAGCAUGACAGUUCUAAAGGCAUCUGGAAACAAGCUUCCUGCAGUUUUCCGCGUCCUCUCCUUGGAAGUUGAUGUGCCAGUGGGUUAUCUGUUCUACGAAUGAGCUGCUGCAGUGAAAUGGGUUCAGUGCUCGGGCUGGGCCCGCGUUUGCAGCGUGUUUUGAUAGACAGUGCUCCAGUUCUGUGUGUCAGAGUUCCAGUGGCUCUUCCUAAGAGACCACGAGGUCCCUUCAGCUUUGUUGGUCCUGGUGUCAUUUUGCCCCUGGAAGGGGGGGGGGGGGGUGCGUGCGGACACCGUGUCCUUGAAUAUAGUGUAUUUUUUCUACA